AUGGGGGAACCUGCGUCUACCUCUUUUCCAAGCCAGCCUCUCCUGGGGAGGCUCCAGAGUAAUCCGAUGCCCCUGGCUUUGCAGAAGAAACGGCAAAUGCAAAUGGGCAAAGCCAGGCGGAGGCGUGCUGCCCGUUCUGUCCUCCCUGUGAGGCUGACAAGUUGCAUAUUCCAGAGGCCGGUGACCAUAAUAAGAGCCCAUCCUGCCAAUGCUGUCAUGGACAUGCAAGGGCUGGAGGGCUUGGGGACGCUCCCGCAAUGCUGGGCCUUCAGGAGGCUGCAGGGCCUCCAGCCCUACGGCAGCCAAGGAGAAGCUUCAACCCUACUGACUUUAGAAAAUAUCUUGAAGGUAGUUUCACCGGGAAUUACAGGGGGAUUCCUCGACGAAGCUGGAGCUGAGGGCCUGCAAAGCCACCCUCAGCCCAGCCCUGGCCAGAGGUCAGCUAAGGCAGCAAGGACCCCCAGAGUGGGACAUCGUCUGUCAACUCCCCCCUCCAGCCAAGAGGUGACGGAUGCAGACAUCCGGAGACAGGCCCGCAGAGUGAAGAAAGCCAGGCGGAGACUGGCCCAGGCCUUGAGGGCGCACAGGCUGGCCAGGGAAGCAGAGAGUCAGAGCCUGGAAGGAAACGCCAAGAAGUGGAGGAGGAAGAGG